GCCGCACCUUGCACUCACACCAACCUGCUGGCAAGCGCUUGUGCAUCUUGCCUCCGCGGACGGUCCCAAUACUCCCUCCUACUCCACAUUACUCAGGCCCCGCUGCAUAUCUCUUUCACUCUCGUUUCAAUCGACUACUCUAUCCGCUUACUACCUGAUCUCACCUCUGGAGUCUGUCGGGACAUCUGCCAUGUCUCCUUCCACAGGUGCGACGGUCCACAACCGCGCCUACGCUCUCGCUCUUUCCGCUUCAUUGGGAAGUCUCUUUUAUGGCUUUGACAUUGGAUUGAUCGGCGGCGUUCUGGCUAUGAAAUCGUUCCAGGAAUAUAUUGGUCUACAAGACGCGACACCUUCGAUGAAGGCCUCUAUCGAUGGAAACAUCGUUAUCAGUCUGCAAAUCGGCUGUCUAGUCGGUGCUCUCAGUGUGGGCUACUUUUCUGGGAGAUUCGGACGCAAGUCUUGUCUUCAAGCUUCAGGCUUGAUCUUCGUUCUCGGAAGUGCGCUUCAGGUCGUCGUCGGCUGGGGAAACACCCAACGGCAUGCGCUUCAACUCUUGUAUAUCGGCAGAUUUAUUGGCGGCAUUGGCGUCGGCAUGGUAUCUGCUUUGGUACCGGCUUACGUUGCAGAGUGCACGCCCCCUGCUAUCCGUGGGCGUUGUACGGGAUUUAUUCAGCUCGCCAAUAACAUCGGAGUCAUGCUUUCGUUUUGGGUCAACUAUUUUUGCGCGAGAUAUCUGCCCAGUGGGGAGUCACAAUGGCGCCUUCCUUUCGCGGUUCAGAUCGUACCUGCCUUGAUCUUCCUCCUAUGUCUCCCUUGGCAGCCCGAGUCGCCUCGCUUCAUGAUUGAAACGGAACGAUACGAUCGAGCGGCUGAGAUACUGGCUUAUCUCGCUCAUACAACAACAGAAGAUCCCCUCAUUCUCGCUACGGUUGAAGAAGUCAACACGGAUUUUCUCGGCAAACGUCGUUUACCGCUCAUGAAGCAGCUUCAGCAGAUGAACGAGACGCACGGGAUCGCUCUGAGAUGUUUUAUUCCAUCGCUAGUCAUGCUCUUUCAACAACUGACCGGCACAAACGCAAUCAACUACUUCAGUCCGAUGAUUUUCGCCAGCCUAGGGAUCGGAGAGACGACGUCUGGACUGUUCGCAACCGGUAUUUACGGCAUCGUGAAGGUAAUUUCGGUUUGUGUCGGUCUGGCCCUCGCCGUAGAAGGAAUUGGCCGUAAGAUGAGCCUGAUAUACGGUGGUCUCGGGCAGUGUAUCGCCAUGUUGUGGAUCGGGGUCUACACCGGGCUUCACCCGGGGACAAAGCCGAACAAUUUUCUGGGCUACAUCUCCAUUGCGGCAGUUUACCUCUACGCUGCAUUCUUCAGUGUUGGCUGGGGACCUAUUCCAUGGGUCCUCGCUGGCGAGGUUGCGCCAAAUCAUUUGCGGACAGCCGUCAUGUCGUUGGCUGCAGGCAUGAAUUGGACGUUCGCCACCGUCGUCGCCAAACUCACCCCCCCUCAUGCUUGCCGAAAUCGGUUAUGGGACAUUCCUCUUGUUCGGAUCCUGCUGCUUUGUCAUAUCGUUCUGGGCGUGGCUCUGUCUACCUGAAACGGCCGGAUUCGGGCUGGAAGAAAUCGGAGAACUUUUUGAGCACCAUGUGAUUCUGCGCGCGGUCCAGGACGCGCCGGGCGGUCGGCUAUUCAUCGGAAAAAGACGCGCACCAUCUGUAAGGAAAGUCCCGGAGGUUUCCGGUCAGGAAGCGCAGGGGUUGUUAGAUGGAGAAGACGAGCAGAGGCAGUCCUCGGAAGAUAUUUGAUUUCAGUCCGAGAUGAGCUGGACUCCUGGACGUUGAUGGUCCACUUAGACUUGUAGUUCAACUUGAACAUUCACAUGAAUCGCACGUGACUAUCACAGCCAUCUCUGAGCCGGUCAAAGCUCAAGCUAAUAACUGGUAUAACGGACGAGAAGGCUAUUUACACACGCGCACGUACAUAUAUAUCACUU